GUUUCUUUGGCAGUGUCUUAGCUGGUUGUUGUGAGCAAUAGUUAAGGAAGCAAUCAGCAAGUAUACUGCCCUAGAAGUGCUACACAUUGUUGGGCCUGCCUCAGAUCUCCCUGGCAUGAGAGGUGGAUGGGGAUCCUGGUUGAGUUGCUGCCCAGAUGUACUGUGUUGCAUGGGAGCUUGGGUUGUCUGAAGGAACAGAGGGCUCAUGUAAGAAAUGCUGCAGGAUGCUUGAUGUGGCCACUGCAUCAGGCACAAAUGAAGAAAAGAAGAUAAACAUGUUGCAAUUUGAUUUGCUAUUCCUUUUUUCUUUCCACAUGAAUAUUACUGAGAAUAAAAUUCCUGCUACUAACACUGCGAAAAAGCAAUACUAACUAUUGGGAGAGGGGCCUGCUCUUAGGGAGAAUUCAUCUUAGCUUCAGGCUCAGGCUGGUAAUGUCAAGUUGUCUUUGAGCCUGCUAUGGGAACAACUCACCUGUAGUCUUUAUUUCUGUUGGCUGCUGGUCAGCAGGUAUGUAUGGCAAGUAUAUGCAGUCAGUGGUCAGGCACCCAAGAACUUAGCUGAUCUUUCUGGGGAGGAGCUAGAUUUUAGCGAUGCAAUCAGCUAUUUCUCCUUACCUUGUCUAGGUAGGAGUGAGACAAGGGAGAUUUCUGGAGAAGACAAAUCUAAGAUGAUAGCAGUUAUUGUGUGUGCGUUGGGGGGUGGGGGGUGGAAUUACACAAGCUCAGAAGAAGGCAAGUCCUUGCCAAAAUCUAGUUGAAACUUACAGUACUUGUGCAGAGAAUGAGAGUUUUCAUUAAUUCUGACGCAAAGAGAUUGGCUUUGUUUAAUAUUCUAUGGUUCCUGCUGACUUGGCUGGGUGUCAUAAUCCAGGGAUGUCAAACCUUAAGCCUUUUUAAAAACACGAGCUAUGACUUUGGUUGCCUACACAUCUGUAUGCCUUCUUUUUUUUCCAGACAUGAACAUAAUUGCACCAAUUACAGGGAGUUGUGCAACUUUACGAACUGUCUGUAAAAGUUCUGCACUUAGAAGAUGGGUGGCCAGAAGGGAGCAGAUAGUGUUCAAACCAGGAUGGACAGUAGUGUGUGUCUGACAGUGGGGGUCACUGCAGAUUAUAUUCCAUGUGCUCUCUGCUACCUUGGGAAGGAACCCAUGAUGCAAACAGCACUGAAAACUAAGUGUCAUUGAUGUGAUGUGGCUGAUUCCCUGGUUAGACAAACGGUAAUAGUUGCCCACAAGUGUGGGAGCUGAGCAGUCAGCAUCUGCACGUGAAUUAAAUGCAAACAUUUUGCUUGGUUCACUGAAGGAGGGUGAGGAGUACAAAGUGGUGCUUAACUGCAUGUUUCCAGAAUCUGAAGAUGACCCUGAGCUGUAGUGGUUGAUUGGUCUCACGUUAAUGAAAGAUCUAAUCUCCGGAGCUCUGUUUUACACCAUUUCCCCUCAGCAGAAUUGUCUCUUUGCUGCUUUGCACUUCAGAUGACUUGUGUGAAGAUUUGACUAAGGCUUCUGGCACAGGGACCAGAGAAGCUGGCAAACCUCGUGACUUCCACUUCAGGGGACUUCUUAUUAGCUUUUAUAUCCUUGUCUCAGCUGUGUUAAAACCACAGGCUCUAAGCAGAGCUUUCUGUUGUGUGAUACUGUGAAUACUUCUAAUUCAAUUUAUGGUAAAGGUCGCAUCCCCAAAAUACAAGUGCUUAGCCUAUUUUCUUGUUGCUAUUGUUGUUUUCUAAGAAAAACACAUGGACAACAACUCCAACAUCUUAAAUGUGGUACUUUGGUUUGACUGUGAGUGCCUUUAUUUUUGUUCAACCACAGCAAGCAGGAACAUCCCAUAUUAAUCUCCUAAUUUAAAUUUGAAAUGAAAAAACUGUCACAACACUGGGGCCAUCCUUAAUUCAUGGAUUGUGCUGGCUGCAUUCCAGCAGUGUAGCUAAUUACAUUCUGCCCACAUCAAACUGUCCUUGCUGCGGUGCCUUUUUUUUUUUUUUUCAGUUGCUGGCUUGAAUUUUUUGUAAUCUCUGCAGCCUGACUUCACAUUUUCAGUGCUAAUGGAAAGCUGCUUACAAUGACUAAGCAUCUCUCUCUGAUGAAAGGGAAGCCCUUGGGUUGCUGGGCAGAGGCAGCACAGAGCUGGGUAGCAGUGAGGUGCCUUGGUUUGGUAGCUGUGUGCACUCUGCUCAGUUGCAGCUCAGUUGCAGAGGAGAUGGAGCACCAUGACUUCACAUACCGCAUUUGUUGAUCCCCAGAGGGGUGGGAAGCAGGAGAAUGAUGGUGUUAACCUGGAAGUAGCAGCAGCAGAGGAGCCUCCCACUGUGCCCAGCUUCCAGCGUGACCUUACACGUGUGAAUGCAGAGCUGUUUGACCCCAGUAUUUGCCAAGUAAAACCCUUCAAAUCUCUGAAAGCUCCCAAGAAGAGCUGCAUGAGAGCUGGCUGCAAUGUCUGCACCUGUUUGGCUGUGCCUUGUUGCUGUGAUGCGGUGUCCGAAGUGUCCAGAGCAAUCGUGUUUUCUCAGCCCUUGGUGAACGCAGAGUUGGUGUACAGCUGUGUCAGAGGAGCUGGAAAGAACCCAGGACUUCUGCUCAGAAAAGGACGAAGCUGCGUUAGGGAGCGAGGCACAGAGCAGUACCGAUCCCCGCUGGAACCCGAGCUGAAACCGAGGGAAUCGAGUAAGGCUUCGAGGCGGUGGUUUGUUGCGGUCGAUCCGGGUGGGCGUAUGGCAGAACCCUCGUCCCGUGCAGCAGGCGCUCCGGGUGGGCUUCGUGUGAAAGAAACGAGCCGGGAAGUAGGUCCGGUGCGACAGCUGACACACGUGAUGCCAAUAAAGGAAUAA